AUGUUAUUUCAUCGAAAUCAAACAUCAAAAAAAGAGGAAUCAAAAGAACCUGAAAUAAAACAAGUUCAUAUCUCGUCAAAUAUGUUUAUACGAUCAAGAUUUUUUACAAAAUUUAAACGAUGGAUGUUAACACGAUAUGGAUUUUUGAUUAUAACUGCUGUUAUAAUCGUUUUUAUUAAUGAAGUUUUAUUUUAUGAAUGGACUAGACUUAAUUGGCCAAAUCUUGACUCUUUAUUAAAAAAACCCACUGUCGAACGACUUCUACUUGUUGCUGAUCCACAAUUAAUUGGUGAAAAAGAUGAAGGUUUCUUUGGAUUAAUUACAAGAAAUGAUGCUGAUAGAUAUCUUGCUAAAACAUUUUCACAAGCGAAUGAAUAUGUAAAACCGAAUUGGAUACUUUUUUUGGGUGAUAUAUUUGAUGAAGGUUUAUCAGCAUCGGAUGAUGAAUUUAAACGAUAUUUCGAACGUUUUGAUACAAUAUUUCAAUAUGAAAAUCGUGAGCAACAAUGUAUUGUUAUUCCAGGUGAUAAUGAUGUUGGAGGAGAGUAUUAUGGUGAUAAACAACCAAUAUUAAGACAACGUUUUCGAAAUUAUUUUGGUCGAAUGAUUGCAUUGUAUCAUCAAAAUGAUAUUGAAUAUCUUAAAUUAGAUAUCGAUAUGUUUGAAUCAUAUGUUGAUGGAAAACGUUUUGCUAUAAUGGAACAAACACAAAAUCGUCCAUUAACAUCUAUAUUUCGUAUAGUUCUUAAUCAUUGGCCAUUAUUAACACGUUCUACUCGUUUUAUUAAACCUUUUCUAAAUGAAUUAGAACCAAAUCUUAUUCUUAAAGGUGAUAGUCAUCAUUUUACUGUUGUAUCAUAUGAUCGAAUAAAUAUAACGACACAUCUUUUAGCAAAAGAAUAUAUUCCACAAUCAAUUCUUUCAAUAGAUUUAAAACAAAAUCGUUUUGUUUAUGAAAUAACAAUACCAACAUGUUCAUAUCGAAUGGGUGUUGAUAGAAUUGGAUAUGGUGUUUUAUUACUUGAUAGUGCAACUAAAAUGGCUCAUUUAGCUAUUUUACCGACACCGAGAAGAUAUAUAUCAUUAUAUUUGUAUGGAUUUUAUGGAGUUUUUUUUGUUAUUAGUUUAAUGUUCAUUGCAUUAUUUCCAAAACGAUCUAUAUCGAGAUGGUUAAGAUCUUAA